AACAUGGGGCUGUUUUUACCUACUUUUCAGUUAAGAAACUGGGGUUCCUAGAAGAAAGUGACUUCCCCAGUAGAGCCUGCUGUAUCAAGAAAGAAACUAUGGAGGGCAGCAGCUGGAAGAGUCUCAAAUGGGCCCUGAACACUGGAAAAAGUGUCAGAAGUCCUGGAUUCCAGCCUCAGAUUCCUUAUCUGUAAAAUGGGCUUGGACUCACUAGCCAGAGGCAAAGAGACGGCCCUCAGCGCCUUUUUCCAGGAGACCAACAUUCCCUACAAUCACCACCACCACCAGAUGAUGUGCACUCCCGCCAACACCCCUGCAACGCCUCCCAACUUCCCAGAUGCCCUCACCAUGUUCUCCCGUCUCAAGGCCUCUGAGAGCUUCCACGGUGGCGGCAGCGGCAGCCCAAUGGCUGCCACGGCCACAUCACCCCCGCCGCACUUGCCCCACGGUGCCACCGGCAGCUUUGCAGCGCCCAGCUGGCCAAUGGUGGCUUCACCCCCAGGGGGACCACAACACCACCAGCCACAGCAGCCGCCCCUGUGGACUCCGGCACCCCCUUCCCCGGCGUCAGACUGGCCACCCCUGGCCCCCCAACAAGCUGCCUCAGAACCAAGGGCCCACCCUGCCAUGGAGGCUGAGAGAUAAGGGAGGCCCCUCCCCCCUCCCGGAGGCCAGGACCCCGUGGGGCGGGGGAGAAGACAUCUCCACUGGCCCCCUUUACCCUCUGUCUGCACCCCCAUUCCCUGGAGCCCUGGAGGGGAGAGACUGGACCCCCUGUGCCAGCACACAGGCUGCCUGCAAGUAUGCAGAAGUGCAGGCACGCAGCACCCAGCUUGCAUGGAUUUGGUUCAGAUCAUCUGGGUGCUGGUGGACAGAACUUCAGAGACCAAACAGUCUUUCCCAGAGGACUCACCCCACCUCAGGAGGCUGCGGAGACUUGCCUGGCUCCUACCGGAGACUUGCGCUCCUACCGUGGAGCUCCUUGGGGCAGGCAGGCCUAGAUCCCCACCCUCGGGAAUGCAGAGCCUUCUCCGCAUGUGUGCGUGUGGCUGUGUCUGUGUAUUUAUACGUAUGUUACUCAAGAAGCAACCUAGUUUAUGGGGCAGCUGGACUUUGCAUGUUAGAGUGAGCCCUGAGUCCCUUGCCCGCUGUCCCCCUCCCCAGGGCCCUCUUCUCUCCCCCAACUCAGCAGCCAGCCUUCCUGUUCCCUGCAGAGAAAAGGAUUGUGGGAAACUCCAGGACUCUUCCCACCCAUCCCCCAGUGCCUGCCUGCUGGGACUGCCUGCAUGCCUUGCCCAGAGCCCGGGGGUACCCCAUACCCAUUUCCUUUCCCCCUUUUAACAAAGGAGAAGAAAGAGUUCCAAACCACCA